CAGAGUUCGUCCGUCUCUCAUGCGAGAUUGUUGUGCGAAGAAGAAGCAAAUACAUUUAAAUAUUGUGUACGUUACCAUUUAUCGCAAUUUGAAAUUCUCAACUUCUAUUUUGUUUCGUUUUUGAAUUUUUGAAUUUUACAUUUUAUCAUCUUUUGAUUUCUCUUUAUCGAAUUCAGUAAAAGAUAGAAAACAAAAAAGUUGAAAUGCAUUGAUGACGUAUAAAUUCAAAACCCGAAAAUUCAUCGCUAACCAAAAAAAAAAAAAAAAUCAAACAACCGGCUAUCUAUCUUUCGUCCAUCGUGUCGUCAUUGUUGCGGUCUCCGAUGGUGUUGCCCCACGGUAUUCUCAUUUGAGUAUCUUUAAGGACCGGCUACGGCUACAAAACAAAAUAAACGAAGAAGAAAAGCUCAAGCUUAAAACUCUAGACUAAACGCAACUAGAAAUUUAGUCUCACAUAAGCGGUCAACGUUAACGGUUGAUUAAAGAUCCGCAUUGACAUACCACACACCUUUCACCAAAGCUAAAGCAGAUAAAAUUCCUGACGAAAGAUUAAUUAUACUCCCGUCAAAACCAUAAAAAAAAGCAAAACAACAACCAUAAUCAUGUUUUAAUACAAAACCGAUAGCGUGAAUAAAAAUAAAAUAAAAGGUCAUCCGUCUAGUUAUUUGAUUUCAAUUUGUGACUCUUCUGUAUUUUUUUUUGUUUGUUUGGUUUUUGGGCAUCUUCGCUGCUCAAUAUUGCUAUCUAAUGCUUAAAGUAUAAAAUAUAAAAUAUAUUUAAAAUAAAGUGUGUGAUUAUUUAAAUUUAUUUUAAAUAUUCAAACGGUUAAAUAUUUUGAAUAAUUUAAAGUUCCUUAAGUGAUAAGUUGGGGAUAUAAAAAUAAAAUUAAAGUAACAAACAUAAAAUCUUUAAAUAUGAUUUUAAGAAGUUGUUUCUUUCUGCUGCUAUUGAUCAUAUCGGGACUUCAAGCGACACCUGCCAAGGAUAGACAAGAACCCACGAUAUCAGAAUGUGCAGCAAAGGGAGGCGAGUGUGAUGAAACGAAAGGUCGACCGGUGUGUGGCACCGAUGAUCAGACAUACCCAACUCGAUGUCACUUGAUUCGAGUACAAUGCAGUGGACAUCAAGUCAGCUUAAAAUAUCGAGGACCAUGCAAAGCUUGUAUUGAAGCACGUGAAUAUGCUCUCAAACACAAAGCCUUCGGCAAGAGUCCGCCAAAAUUUAUCCCACGAUGCAAAAGUGAUGGAACUUAUGCACCCGUUCAGUGUUUGGGUGAUAGUGGUUGUUGGUGUUCUGACAUCACAGGCAAGCCGAUUGAAAAUACUUCCGUGCGAAUAGGCAAGCCACGAUGUCGAGAAUUCAACAAAGCCAACAUUCGGCGUUCACCUUCACGCCAUCUUAAUGGUGGCGGUGGAGGUGGUAUUGGUUUAAUGGGUGGAGGUGGUGGCGGUGGACGUGGAGGAUUAGGACGUCGUCCAUGUUCUGCAGAAGAUCGAAGCCUCUUCAAUGUUAACCUACUUAAAGUGUAUCAAAAUGAAUAUUUGCGAUCGGGUGUGCACAAAGAUGCCUCCACUCCAUCCGACCGAACUGUUAUGGAUUGGAAGUUCACUAAUCUUGAUACAAAUGGAAAUAGUGUUUUGGACAAGAGUGAAUAUAGGGAACUUAAAAAGGCUGUCAAGAGGGCUGUCAAACCAAGACGUUGUAGCAGAGGUUUUGGGAAAUUCUGUGAUGUCGAUGAUGAUGAUAAACUUUCGCGUCUGGAAUGGAGCAAUUGCAUUAGCAAAGAUGGCAUUAAUCGUCAUCUCCACAACAGUGGUUUUGGAUAUCAAACGCCAUCUGUUAUCAAUACUCAACAAGCUCAAAAUAAAAAUAAUCCUACUGUCCAUCAAAUCCAAAAUCAAAAUCACAAAAUCCAUAAAUUUCCAUUGGAAGGCCCAACAAUCAGUGAGGAUGACAAUGAAAGUAGUCAACCAUUUGAUGACUAUCCCGAUUCCGGUGAAUACGAUAGCGAUGAUGACAAUGCAACUUAUAAUAACAUCAGUGAUACAGUAAAAGAUAUUUUACGAACGAGUCUUCAGGAUUCAGAACAAGCACUUCGUGACUCAGAUGGAGAUUAUGAUUGCCAAGCUGAUCGCCGUGUUGCAUUAGAUGAACAAAAUGGUGGAACUGCUCUUUAUGUUCCAGAAUGUACGCCGGAUGGACGUUAUCAGCGAGUACAGUGCUAUCGUUCGACAGGCUAUUGUUGGUGUGUCCAUGAAGAUACGGGCAAGAAUAUUCCAGGAACUUCGUUGAAAGAUAAGAGACCACAAUGUGACUCGAUAUAUCCAACUUCAAGGCCAAUGAAAGGAUGUCCGGAACCAAGGAAAACUGAAUUUUUGAAGGAUCUUAAAGACUUUUUGAAUGAACAAAUUGGUUCAAAUUCGAUCACAAGCUCAACAAAAUGGACUUCUGAAGAUGAACGAAUUGCUACUUUGAGUUUUGUCUUUCUGGAUAAGAAUAAAAACAAGUCAUGGGAACGAAAGGAAUGGAAGACUUUCCGAGAACUUGUUACAGCUAACAAGACACUUGGAAAAUGUGGUAAGAAAAUGCCACGAUACUGUGAUGUGAAUAGCGAUAAGAAAAUAACACUUUCCGAAUGGCUCAAUUGUCUAAAUGCACAAAGAUUGGAUGACGAUGGGCAGAUAAUUACAACUGAAAAGGAUGAUGUUUCUCAGGAGCAAACAGCAAAUACCAUGGAAAUAAAGUUGGAUAAUGAUAUAUCAUUCCAAAGCAUGUCACAAUAUCCGAAGAUAAAUGCAAAAUCUUUCAAGUACAAUACAGGUUUUAUAUCGUCCGCAUCCAUUGAAAAACUGAGAGACUCGCCCCCAUACAUGCCGUACUUCUAAAACGCCUCCUAGAAAGAAGCUGUUGGAUUCAAAUUCUAAUAAAAUUAAUCUUAUGCUUGAUAACUAAUUGAAAAAUGUUGUAUUGAGUUCCUGAAUGAUUUUUAAAAAACGUGUUUUUGCCUUUCAUUUAUAAAAAUAAAUAAUUGCUGUUUUAGAAAAUCUAAAACACUUUAAUCAGAAUUCGUCUUUUUUGUCUUUUUGUA